AUGUCAGCCACUGUUCUUAAUGUGCCUGUUGAUUAUACUAAUGAGGAAUAUGAAAUAAAAUUAAAAAAUGGUCAAAGUUUGAGGAAAGAAUUGCAGGAUGGGUAUUCCAUUACUCAAAAAAUGAAUGAAACGGCAUUCUAUAGGAUGAAACAAGCUUUAACAAAAUUAAAAAAACUAGAUCAGAAGGAUGAAAAACUUGGUUAUUUUGUUUCAAUUUUAUUAAAUAGAUUAUCCGUCAUCGACAACACGAAUGAAAAAACAAAUUCCAUCAGUACCAAGAAUCUAACCGGCUGUAAUGAAAGACAAAUUGAAGCCAUACAAAAGGCUUUAGAUAAUAAUCUUUUUCUAAUACACGGUCCUCCAGGAACAGGAAAAAGUCAUACCUGUUUAAAAAUUAUCCAUGCUUUGAGAGAACAAAGUCCAACCGUAAGAAUUUUGGUGUGUGCCGGUUCUAACAUGAGCGUCGAUCUAAUUGCCAAAAAAUUAACCCAUACCAAUAUAGAUGUCAUUCGACUGUACUCACAAGCGUGUGAGCUAUCCAAGGUCUCGCUACCGAAUUUAACGCCGCUCAGCUGGGUCUUCAAAUUAAAUCCCAUUUUGAAGGAUCUAUACGAGCGUCGCGAGAAAGGUGAGCUGAACGACCAAGAAAAAUUAAAUUUUGAGGAACAGUUGACCAAUGCUGAAAAUAUUGUAUUUACGAAAAUCCGGGUGGUAUUACAUAGUAAAGAAAGUGGGACGCCUCGACUUUAUUCAGAAGUUCAUUGA